CGCGUCACCACGGCCCAGUUGGCAAGCCCGCCAAGCAGCAGAACAAGGCGUGCCACGUGACAGGUGUGACUGUGACGGAAUCUUUGCUGUUAGCGCUGGGUGCCUGAGGCGGCGGACAACGGAGCCGCAGGGCAGGUUUGGUUGGCUGUCGAGCCGUGGCGAUCUCAUGCAAGUGACGACCCUGGAGCUUGUGCUCCCAGCAACCGCCGCAUCAUCCCGAAGCUCUCCCAAACUCCCCUGUCGCUCAGAGGUCGCUUGUAUCGCCAAGGUUGGUGCUCUCUUGUUUCAGACGCAAACAAUAAACAACUCCCCGAGCUCGCUCCCUCCUGAGUCGCUUGUGUCGCCCGCGCACGUCGAUGCCGUGAACGAGCGAAAAAAACCACGCCAAAAACGCAAACGCCCAGUCGCAAGCCGCAGCCCGACCGACACUUUGGUGCCCCCACACAGUGUCGUCGACACGGACGCUGCGACCCGCCCCCUACCUGCUCACCGGGACCGCCAGCCAGCACGCAGACAAACCUUAAACCCGAGAGCGAGCUGCUGUCGCUGCCGCCAUCAUGUCGACCCAUUUACAGACGCCGCGCCGCACCAAUCUCCGUCCCUCGCUGGCCAACUCCUCCCUCAACACCGCCUCCUCGCCCGCCCUGUCCGCCUCCCAGCGCACCGCCUUCGAGCGCAAAGCCAGCCUUCACGCCCUGACCGGUUCAUCGCCCGCGCGAUCCGCCGGCGGCCCGCCCUCUGACGCCAUGGUUGGCGGCGACGGACAGCCCCUCGAGGUGGGCGACGAAGUCGACGUGCCCGGCGGCAUGUACGGAGUUGUCAAGUUCAUGGGAGGCGUGCGAGGAAAGAAGGGGAACUUCGCCGGUGUCGAACUAGCAAGAGAGUACGCGGCCAAAGGAAAGAACGACGGUGACGUCGACGGGUGAGUCUUCCUCCGCUGCCAGUCCAGACGGGCUGUCUGCUCA